UAAAGUGAAAGCAGAUUAUGUUUUUCAUGUGACUUUUACACUUGAUCUUGAGAUUUUUUUCUCCAUUUAAUCUUUUUUUAUUUGCUCAUAUGGGAAGAUACAUGAACAUAAAGAGAAAGCAAAGACAUUUUCAGAAGUUGUCUAGAAACUGAACGUUUUGAUCAAAGCAAGUCUUCAGCUGUGGAGCAGAAAGACACUUCCAUAUUCAUUCGUGAGUUGGUGAAGGACGAUGGCGUCUGUUGAAAAGCUGCUCGUGGACUCACUGAAGGAUCUGGUAGAAGCUGAACUGAAGGAGUUUCAGUGGAACUUAGUGAAUUUACGUCUUGAGCAUCUUUCAAGGUCUGAAUUGGAAAAGGCAGAUAGAUUCGACACAGUGGACAAAAUGGUCAAAUGUUUUGGACCAGACAAAGCUGUGAAGGUCAUGAUAGACAUCCUGAGACAGAUGAGCCAGAAUGAUCUGGCUGAAUGGUUGGAGAAUGAACACAAACGAGCUAAGACUGAGGGCGAUAUGAAGACAUCUGUAGGUAAUUCACAACAUAUCUCAAAGCUGACAAACUUUUUUAAAACUCACAAAGCAAACAUGAAGAAGAACGUUGAAUAUAUUUUUGAGGGCAACAUAGAAAAUGAAGCAAAACUUAAGGCUGUUUACACAGAACUGUUCAUCACAGAGGGAGAUAUGAAAGAUGUCAAUCAUGAACAUGAGAUUCUGAAGAUUGAUGCUGCUUUCAAGAACAAAAAAACACAGGACAAACCGAUCAGAUAUAAUGAUAUAUUUAUCGAACUGAUGAAAAACAGUGAGAAAAAAAUUGUUCUCACUAAGGGCAUCGCUGGCAUUGGAAAAACUGUCUCUGUGCACAAGUUCAUCCUGGACUGGGCAGAAGGAGAAUCCAAUCAAGAUAUACACUGUGUGUUCCUGCUUCCAUUCAGAGAGAUUAACUUAAUGACAAAUGAAGAUUUCAGUCUCCAUGAGCUUCUGCUGGAAUUUUACCCUGAACUGAAAGACCAGGAGAAAUCCAAACUAUAUAAGGAAUGUAGGCUAGCAUUUAUAUUUGAUGGACUUGAUGAGAGUCGUCUGACUCUAAAUUUUAAAAGUAGAUCACUGAACACUGUUGAGAAAAAAGCAUCUGUGGAUGUGCUCUUUACAAGUCUGGUCAAAGGAACUCUGCUUCCAUCAGCUCUUGUCUGGGUGACAUCACGACCAGCAGCAGCCAAUCAGAUCCCUCCUCAGUAUGUGGGUUUGUUCACAGAGGUGCGAGGAUUCACUGACCAGCAGAAGGAGGAGUACUUUAAAAAGAGAUUCACAGAUGAGAGUUUGUCCUCCAGAAUCAUCUCACACAUUAAGAUGUCUCGUAGUCUCUACAUCAUGUGCCACGUUCCAGUGUUCUGCUGGAUCACAGCCACAGUACUUCAGGAUAUUCUCACUGAGAACAAUGAAGAGAACUUCAACACAACACUCACUGAAAUGUACAUUCACUUUCUGCUUAUACAGAUGGACAUGAAGAACCAGAAAUAUGAUGAACAAGAAGAAAGAGAAUGUUCUGUGCACUUACAAUUAAAUAAAGAGAUUAUUUUAAAGUUAGCCAAGUUAGCGUUUGAACAACUGAAGAAGGAAAACAUUGUGUUCUAUAAGGAAGACUUAAAAGAAUGUAAUAUUGAUACGAGUAAAGACACUGAGUUCACAGGAAUGAUCGCUGAGAUCUUCAAAAGGGAACACAGACUUCAUAAAGCAAAGGUCUUCUGCUUUGUGCAUCUGAGUGUUCAAGAGUUUCUUGCUGCAGUGCAUGUGUUCAUCUGUUACCUGAACAAGAACAUGCAGGAGCUUCAGUUUUUCUUUGAUGAGCCAAAAGAAAAUGUCACAUUGGAGGAGUUACUGCAGAAGGCCAUUGAUAAAGCCAUGAAGAGUCAGAGAGGACAUCUGGAUCUGUUCCUGCGGUUUCUGAUGGGCAUUUCUCUAGAAUCCAGUCAAAACCUGCUAAAAGGCCUGAUCACACACCCUGAAGACACUACAGAGUGCAUCAAAAAAGUAACUGAAUGUAUUAAACAAGAACAAAACAUGUACAAUAUCUCAGAUGAAGCUCUAGUCAACUUAUUCUACUGCUUACUUGAGCUGAAGGAUAAUUCAUUAUAUGAGGAAAUCCAGAGUUACCUCAGUUCAGAUGAACAUCCAGGAAGAGAUCUCUCAUCUUCAAUGUGCACAGUGCUGACCUACAUACUGCUGAUAUCAGAGAAGGUGCUGGAUGAGUUCAACCCAAAGAGGUUCACAUCAUCUUCUUUCAACUACACAAGACUCAUACCAGCUGUGAGAUGCUGCAGAAAAGCUCACAGAUUUGACGGCUGUGGUUUUGAUGAAACAUGCUGUGAAACUGUGUCUUCUGCUCUACAAUCAUCAAAUUCUCAUCUGAAAGAGCUAGACCUGAGCAGCAAUCACCUGCAGGAUUCAGGAGUGCAGCUAAUUUAUGAUGGACUGAUGAGUUCACACUGUCGACUGAACAUACUAAGGUUGUGUGGCUGUAAUCUCACUUCUCAGUCCUGUGAAAGUUUGUCAUUAGCUCUACAAUCAUCAAACAAUAUCCUGAGAGAGCUGGACCUGAGAUACAAUGACCUGCAGGAUUCAGGAGGGAUGAUUCUUUCCGAAGGACCUAAGAAUCCAAACUCUAAGCUGGAGAUAUUGAGAUUGUCCAUCUGUAAUCUCACUGCUCAGUCUUGUGGGAGUUUAUCAUCAGUUUUACAAUCAUCAAACUCUGUCCUGAAAGAACUGGACCUGAGUAACAAUGACCUGCAGGAUUCAGGAGUGAAGCUGCUUUCUGAAGGACUGAAGAGUCCAAACUCUAAGCUGGCGAUACUGAGGUUGUCUGGUUGUAUGGUGACAGAGGAAGGCUGUAAUUAUUUGUCUUCAGCUCUGAGUUUUAACCCCUCACACCUGAGAGAGCUGGAUCUGAGCUACAAUCAUCCAGGAGAUUCAGGAGUCAGGCUGCUCUCUGAAAAACUGGAGGAUCCAAACUGUUCACUGAAUACACUCAAUAUUGAUCAUGGAGGGGAAUCAAGGAUUACAGAAGGACUCAAGAAAUAUGCAUGUUUUCUGACACUGGAUCCAAACACAGCAUACAGUGAUCUCCUUCUGUCUGAGGAGAACAGAAAGGUGACUCAUGUGAAAGAGAAACAGCUGUAUCCUGAUCAUCCAGAGAGAUUCUAUGAGUUUCCUCAGGUGUUGUGUAGAGAGAGUGUGUGUGGACGCUGUUACUGGGAGACUGAGUGGAGUGGAGAUGUGUGUAUAUCAGUGUCACAUAAGAACAUCAGGAGGAAGAAAGACGGUGACAAGUGUUUGUUUGGACGUGAUCAGUCCUGGAGUUUGUACUGCUCUCCUUUCAGAUACUUAUUCAGACACAAUAACACAAAGACUAAUCUCUCUGCGAAGCCCAUCAUCAGCAGAAGAAGAGCAGGAGUGUAUAAUAUCUACAGAGUAGGAGUGUAUGUGGAUGAGAGCGCAGGAACUCUGUCCUUCUUCAGCGUCUCCAGAAACACAAUGAGACUCAUCCACACAGUCCAGACCACAUUCACUCAGACACUCUAUCCUGGUUUUAGAGUUUGGUCUGGAUCAUCAGUGAAACUGUGUUGAUAAAUCAGAAAAGACAGAUUCUUCCCAUAAUGCUUUGAGGUUCAUGAUAAAUCAGUAACAGUGACACAUAAGUAUCAGUUAUUAGUCUCUUCCUGAUAUUGCCGCAGCUCAACUUUGGUCACUGAACUAACAGAAUACAUUUGUUUUAUUGUAGUGUUAUGUUAAUCAUUUGUAUUAUCAAAAUUGUAUUACUUAGUGCAGAAAUAAUGAAUCAUCAAAUCAACUUGAGAUCAGAUAUCAAUUGAUGUAUCAAAAAAUAAUUGAUUCCUCUCAAGACUGAGAUGAGCUAAAAAUAUUUUAAAUAUGACAUUAAACAGCAUUUAAGAAAAUACUGUAUAUUGUAACGACAGUAAAGCUGCAUUAAAAGAGUAUAUUUCAAUGAGUGUGAGAAGCUGUCAGAAGAUACUUUAAGUGUUUUAUUCACAGAUGUCAUGAACUGCUGCAAC